AUGUUGAUCCCUACUAAAAACAUCGCUACCAGUAGCUCAUUCAUCUUCGUAUCGCGAUUCCUUGCUCUAACGACACUCGUUGGAGCUACGACCUUGCCACCCAGGAUGCUGCACGAUCUGGAUAAGCGCACGAAUCUCUCUAUGGAGAGGUACAGCGAGGCGGAACAAACAAUCAUGAAUUCCCGGACGCAACUCAAUCGAGGCUCGCCGUCUUGGUUCCUUGGCGCAUCUCACGAGAUGACCGAGGGCGCACAAAAUCUCUCGAGGAAGGCCCUGCGAAUCGAAACGAUGGCAGUGAUGCUCGUGGAAGCGCUCAAUAUGUCAUCGAAACAGGCAUCCUUAGUCUUGCCAACGGUAGCUGCCGUCCUUUGUCCGGACUCACCCAGCUUCCUACGACUAGUGUCCGAAUGCAAGAAAUCAGAUGUCCGUUACAGGACACACACGGGUCGAUGCAAUAAUCCAUUGCAUCCGACUUGGGGCGCAGCGCUGGAGGCUUACGUGAGAUUCUUGCCGCCGGAGUAUGAAGAUGGGGUCUCUUUGCCCCGUACAAAUUUACCGAGCGCGAGAGAAGUCUCCUCGCAGGUACAUGCCGGUGGAUUGGACCUUAAGCAUCCUUAUUUAAUGGCGCUUACCGCGCUGUUCAGUCAAUUUCUUGCUCACGAUUUGGCGCAUACGCCUAGAAUGGAAUUACCGGACCGCGCCAGGCUCAAGUGUUGUGACGUUGAUUAUGAAAAUUUUCAUCCGGAGUGCUUCCCGAUCCGUGCGGAGCAGCCAAUCGGAUGUAUGGAAUAUUCGAGAUCAGCACCGCAUCCAGGGAAUUCGUUACAGGGUUGCAAAUUGGGUCCGCGACAACAGAUCAAUCAGGCAUCUUCUUAUUUGGAUCUGUCACCCCUUUACGGUAGUUCCGAAGAAACAGCUAGAGCUUUACGGUCAGGUGAAAACGGUUUGCUAAAUACGCAGAGAAAAAACUUGCCGAUGGCUUCGCCGAAAUAUGAGAGUUGUAGAAGCACAAACAAGGCAUUUCCAUGUUUCUUUAGCGGCGAUUCCAGAGUAAACGAGAAUCCAGGUCUCACUUUAAUGCACGUGUUAUUCUUACGAGAGCACAACCGAGUGGCUGUGGAAUUGAAACGUUUGAAUCCUCAUUGGGAUGACGAAAGGCUAUACCAAGAAGCAAGAAGAAUUGUUAUCGCCGAACUGCAACAUAUAACUUAUAACGAGUUUCUGCCUGUUAUUCUCGGAGAACAUGCCCUCGACAAAUACUCCUUGCGCUUGACACAGCGGGGCUACUUCCGCGGCUACGACAUUCGUGCGGAUGCAACUCUUUCGAAUUCAGCGGCAUCGGCUGGUCUCUUCUUCGUAGCCGCGCUGACCCCGAAAACCCUGGACUUGGUCGACUCACGAUCGGCGCUCAAGUCUGGCGAAAGGACCUUAUUGUCGGCCUUCUAUGCGCCGCAGGAAUUGUAUGAGGCUGGCGCGAUCGACCGACUGAUCGUUGGAGCUACAGCGGGACAUUCUAGGAAACCUCUGCCUCCGGGUUUAAACGAAAUACUCUUGGACCGAUACUUCCACGACGGGAAGACCAACGAUGUGGCCGUAGAUUAUGCCGCACAGAUUAUACAACAGGGAAGAGAUCAUGGCUUGUCACCUUAUGUCAAAUGGCGAAGUUUCUGCGAUUUGCCGGAUCUCACUAAUUUUCAGGAUCUUACAGGCACCGUGGCCAAAGAUACUAUCGACAGACUUCGAGCAGUCUACAAAAAUGUAGGGGAUAUAGAUUUGGUAACUGGAGCUCUUUCAGAAGCACCAAUAUUUGAUUCUGUACUUGGACCAACGUUCCUUUGUUUAUUAGGGCGGACGUUCCGAAAUAUUCGUUUAGGUGAUAGAUAUUGGUACGAAAAUGGAAAUACGUCUGGUUCAUUUACGAUAAAGCAGUUGGAGGAAAUACGAAAAAGUACAAUGGCGCAAAUUUUAUGUCGUAAUGGAGAUAGGUUACAAUGGAUGCAACCGAGAGCUUUUAUUCUAAAAGAUCCAUUCCUGAAUGAUAUGACAAAUUGUACGAUUCAUACAAAAGGAGUUAUGGAUUUUACAGCUUGGAAAGAAAGGACAGAUACAGUUUAA